AUGCGAGGAGGUGAAUACAUGUCUCAAGACAACUCUCAUAAUACAAAAAAAGGUCAGAUGGAACUUUUUCCAAGCCUUGGAGGCAAAGGAUUUGAAAUAUGAUAUAAAUAUUGACAAAAUGAGUAGUUUUUUUGGUGCAUUUCUAGUGUUAAAAAAACAUUAUUUAUUUGGGGGAAGAUGAAAAUUCAGUUAUCGCUAGUAGUAAUUUUUUUGGGGUCACUUAGACAUUUUUCAUCAUCGGAAAGUAAGCUAAAUUUAAAGGUUCUGCCACUGAAAAAAAGUUUUUAAUUUUUUUAUCUAGAAAAUUCAGGGAUUUAUUAUCGAAAAUGUUCGAAUUUUUUUAGUUUUUUUGUACUCCAGUGGAGAAAGCCUCUGUUUAGUGAUAGGAGGUAAAAAUCAAGUUUUUGUCGAUGGAAAUUUUUUUUAAAUUAUAAAUUUAACUGGUAACUUUUUUUUUGAAGGUCUGAGGAUCGGUUUCGGAAUUGCUACCAAAAAGUUUGAAAAAUCUAAAAUUUGAGUUAACAUCCAGAAAAUGAAUUUCUAUCAUUCUUUGACCCCAAACGAUUACGUGGGCAGCACGUCGAAAAGGCUUCUAUUUGCACAGUGUUUUUUUCCCCUCAAUUUGUUUGAGUUUGAACGUGUGCCCAGCUGCCUUCCGUUUAUACUAGUUUAUAGGUUUAAAUUGUACGAUUUUGUGUAUAAAAUAAUAGAAUUCCUUGUUUUUCUUCAGUCGAAGCUCACUUCGGGUCCCUUGUCACGCGAUUUGACCGCAAGCAGAGCGAAGGACCGAGCUCUAGGCAUAUUGGAUCGGCUGGUGGGUUUUUUGGGUGACAAUUUGAUAGGAAAUGAAGAUAGUUAAGUAGAAAAAUCAGGAAGAAAUGGGAAAGUUGGUACUUUACGGAGUGAUUUUGAUAAUAGUCUUUUAGGGCAUCUUCUAGGCCUCAUUUUACUAGAGAAAAUUCGCAAAGUUUAUUUUCUGGGGCUCUCCGAGAUUUUGUAGGCUCUAUUUUGAGGUGGAAUUUGAAUAGUGAAGUAGAUCUUCGAGUAAAAAAAAAAAGUAAAAAAUCAUAGUUAAUGAAAUAAAAAUUAAAAUAAGUGUAUUGAAGUUCCUUCAAGUCCUAUUUCAUGAAUUGAACUUACUGAAAGAUUAUUUUCUGAAGUUUUUCGGAGUAUAGCUACUGAUAUUUUUUUCCUCAUUUAUAUGAUUUCUUCUCAUCAUUCAAAGACAACUAAAACAAAAAAUAAACACUAUGAAAAUUAUUUUGUGCAGCCAAGCGGCCUGCUUCGACGAUCGCCAGCGCCCGUCCGCCAAAACGCGGCCGUGGACUCUUGACGCCGAGCCGCGGAAGACCGUCGGCCAGGUCCGGCACGCCGCCUGCCUCCUACCGCGACGGGAUCCGCGGAUCUUCCCGUGGUGGUUAUCCGCCGCGCGGACGCGGUGCUUUCCGCGCCACUCGUCGUCCCGGUCCUGCCAGGGGUACGAAGAUUUUUUGAUUUUUCGAAAAAAGGCCGCUCUACAGCGUCUCAAAAUUGUUUAGGAAUAGAGUUUUUGAUCCGGAAACUAGGUAAAUUCAGUAAUAAUUCACAAAAAUCAAAAAUCUCUCUUAUCUCUGAUAGUCCGUCUAAAGCUGAUGUUUUCGCCCAAAUCUUCAGUGAUAACUUUUCUAAAGAAAGUUACGAUCUGAUCCCUAUUUUUCCUUCUCGAAAACCCAUCAAUUGCUCGAUUAUUUUCACGCCCGAUCUUGUUUAUAAGACACUCUCAGCUUUGCCCCCUAAAUGUGGGUUUUCUCCUGACCUAAUCAAUCAACUUGUUUUGAAAAGGUGUUCAACAUCUAUUUCAAUCCCUUUGUCUAUUCUCUUUAAUGAAUCUUAUUACUCCGGUUCCAUUCCCUCGUCUUGGAAAUCCACUACAGUUAUUCCUAUUUUUAAACGUGGAAAAAUAUGUGACCCUUCUAACUAUAGACCAAUCUCCCUGACACAUCCAUUAUCUCGCGUUUGUGAAAGAAUUAUCUGUAACAUGAUCCGUCAUAGAUUUUUCUACAUUAUUUUUCUGAUUCGCAAUUCGGCUUUUUAAACAAACGAUCCUGUAAACUCAACCUUCUAUCUUGCCUUUCCUCGUGGCAAAAUUCUAUUGCAUCUAAAAGGUUUGUAGAUGUCAUCUAUUUUGAUUUUGCUAAGGCAUUCGAUAAAGUUAACCAUUCCUUGCUCCUUCUUAAGCUUCGAAGUUUUGGUCUUGAUGAAACCGUUAUUCGAUGGUAUGAAAACUUUCUGUCUGAUCGUUGCUCUACUGUGCUCAUUGAUGGUUCUCGAUCUACUUUUAAUUAUGCUAAUACGUCUGGUGUCCUCCAAGGUACUGUAUCUGGGCCUUUGCUUUUCUUGAUAUUUAUCAACGACAUUGUUAACUUGAUAGACCCUGAAACCUCCAUCUCACUAUUUGCGGAUGACAUUAAAAUUUACGGUUCUAACCCUGAAUCUCUCCAACAUAGUAUAAACUCUAUUUUUGAAUGGUCAUCUACCUGGGGCUUGCCCCUUGCCGCUAACAAAACAUUUGCUAUUCACCUGGGCCCUCGCAAUCCUAAAACUAUUUAUUUGAUUAAUGGAGUUCCCAUCCCUCAUAAAUCUGUUGUACGUGAUCUUGGUGUACUAAUCGAUGAGAAACUCACUCUUGCUCCGCACAUUAAUAAUAUUGUAUCUCUUGCAACGCUUAGAUCCAACCAAAUUCUGCAUUGUUUUUCGUACAAAAAUCUCCGGCUCUUCUGUUUCAAAUUUUUCAACACCUACGUCAGACCUAUAUUGGAAUAUUGUUCUGAAGUUUUUAACCCACCUAUUAACUCUGACCUUUGCUACAAGCUUGAAUCCCCACUCAGAAUUUUUUCCCGCAAAGUUUACAUUAGGUCGAACCUAUCCUUUGAUUCCUAUUCAGAUCGUCUAGAGCAAUUUCAACAAACCCCACUGUACAUUAGACGAGUUAUUUCUGAUCUCCUCACUCUCCAAAAAAUUGUUUCUGGUCAUGAUCACUUUCCUCAAUUCGAAAAAUUUUUGCCCUCAGAUCCAAUUUAAGGCGAAAUCCACUUCGGCUACGUUCUCAAGGUCAGUUUUUCUAACAACUUUUUUUCAAAACGAUUCCUAUUUGGAAUAAACUUACAUCCAAAUAUCAGUUCACACUUCCACCUAAUUCUUUGAAAAAAAAUUAUUGGUCGUUUUACCUCGCAACGAAUUUUUUUACCUCUAUUCCACCAAGACUUUACUGAUCUCAAUUUUUUUGUUUUUUUACUUAAACUUUUUUUCCUCAUUUAAAUUGUAGAUCGAAGUGAACUCGUUGGGGUUCACACUGAUCUGUGAAUAAAUUAUUAUUAUUAAAUGUUUUCUCGAAGCUUAGCAGUUAAAAAAAUUUUUCCAAGUGUUAUUGGCCUUUCUCAGGUUUUUUUCAGAAGUCCAAAAAGGUUUUUUAAAGAUUUUUUUGAAAUCUCCGAGAAAUUCAACUUUCAAGCACUCGACUGCAUUUUUUUGACUGCAUUUUUUUCAUUUCCAGUUUUAUUUCUAUAUAUCGUUGAAAAGUUUGAAAUUCUUCAGUAUUUUUCCAGGUGCCCGCGGAGGCUACCACGGCGAUUCUCUUCCCCGUCGACGUGAAUAUCCUGCUCCGGGCUAUGAUUCUCGUGACACGCGUGACAUUCAAUAUAGGUAAAUUUGCAAGGAAAAAAACUCAAAAAAACAACCCAAAAAUCAAAAUUCACGAAAAAAAUUUUUUUAAACUAAAUACCCAGAAGAAACAAUAAUUUUGCCGCAAUAAAAAGUUUCUAAAAAAACUCGAAAAUUUCUUCUUUUUCAAAUAAUAUUUUUGAAAAUCUGGUUUUUGUCGUUCAUUGGAUGAUUCUCUUGUCAAUUCAUUCAUUUUUCAUCGAGUUGGUCCUUAGUCGUUUUUUUAGACCUCAGUUUCAUCAAAAAAACUCCCAAAGACAUAAAAAAAGCUUCUUUUUCUCGAAAAAUAUAAAUUCUGUAUCUUCUCAAUUAAAAAAAUUGGUCCUUCGAGUGAUUUCCAUUCAAAUUUCAUGAAAAUUUUCUCUCGUUCCAUUAAUUCCAUUGAAAAUCCGUCUUUUUCCAAUCUAAUUCCGUUGAAAUGGAAAAAAUGCAUUACCCUUUGAUUCUUCUAAAAGCUUAACUGGCUUUAGCUUUUCGAAAAUCGAAAAAUAUUUUCCCAUCCCAUCAUAAACAACUUGAUGAAAUUUCCGUUUCAGCUAGGGUUUCUUCCGAUAUUAUCGCGUGACGAGCACCUUUUAAGCAAAAAUUCCUCAUUUGAUUAAUUCCACGCCAUCUCAUGUGUUAAAAGCUUCUUCGUGCGUGUUAUCAGAAAAAUGCGUGAAUAUUUUAUUAGCUAGACUCCAGAGUGGAGGUUUUACACGCGAAUUUUACCGGUUUUUAAUGUCUUCUUAGAGUUUUCGAUAAGAUGGUUGGAAUUUUCUUGGUUUCGGAGGUUUUUGGAGAGGAAGGGAUUCUGAAGGAAGGUUUAUAAAUGAUACGAUGCGAAUGAAUUUUUUGGAAGAAUGUCUCAAAAUUAUCGUUUAAAUAUCAGAAUAGGCGUUAAAAUUCAUCAUUGUCUUUUUUUAUAAAGUUGAAUUUCUAUAGAUUUUUACAGUUAUUGAUAUUUAUAUGAGAAAAAAAACAGAAAAACUAGUGAAAUCCAAAAUUUUCCGGCAGAUCAACUUUUUUUAGUGCAUUUUUCAACGUUAAGAGAAGUUGAAAACUACCAUUUUUUUUCGAUAGAAACACACUGGAAUUUUGAUCUGAACUGAUUUUCCGGACUGAACAGAAUCUUUUCAUAUUUUUUCAUAAAAUUUUGUUAACUUUUAAAAUUUUCAUUCCAUAAAAUCGAGUACAAAAUAUAAUUUGAGUUGAGAAGUCCGUAGUAUUCAACUUUUUUCGAAAACUUUAAUAUAAUAGAUUGUUCGCAUUUUCUGCUCAAGUACUCAAAAUAUCCUCAUUUAGCAGAGAACGCCGUCCCGUGUAUUCUUCGGAACGUCCUUCGACAUACCUGAGCUCGUCUACCUAUUCUACGCCAAGGGGCUAUGACGGUUUACUUUUUCAGAAAAGUUCUUUGAGAAUGAUUCGAAUUCUCAGGUUUCUCGUCGACGCCGUCAAACAGACACGACUACGCACUGCAGCCUCGUCAAUCGUACGGCUCUUCUUCUGCUGGCUUGGAGUGAGGAAUUUCGGAUUUAAAGGAAAAUUUGCUUGAGAGUUAGCCUAGGGCAAAUGAAAUCAGAAGGUGCCGAAAAUUGAUAGGAACAGUCUUUUCAAGCUCUUCAGCUUGAAGGAAGUAGAAUAAAAGUUUUGUGUCUUCAAAAAUCGCAAAAGUAAAGCUAGAAACGGAUAGUAUAUGUAUUUUUAAGCUGGAAAAGUUCCAAAAUUUUUCGCCGUCCAAAUCAUCUUGUAGAAAGCAAAUUUGAAGUUUGAAGUCGUCAAAAAACUCAAAAAAAAGGAAUUUUAAAUUGAUAAUCAUAAUAUUCCCAAGCUGGAAAAAGUUCAAUCAAAUAAAUUAUUCAGUUUUUUUCAUGCCAUCCAAAUCAGCUUUUUAUCAAUUAAUCAAACUUAAUCAAGUUUUUGAAAUUGUCAAAAAAAGAAGCUAAAAAAAUUAAAAAAAUGAAUUAUUUUUUUGAGCUGAAAAAGUUUAUUCGCAAAAAUGUCAAAGUCCGCAAUUUCCGCCAUCCAAAAACAGCUCGAAAGAAGCAAAAUAAAAAAAUUUAAAGUCAACCAAAAAAAUUCUCAAAAAAAUGGAGUUAAAAUGGAUAGUUCGAGUAUUUGUUAUCAAAAAAAAUUUUCUUCAAUUGCUCGAACUGCAAAAAAGUUCAAAGUUCUUCCCAUUCCUAUCCCUUUUCAAAACCUUUUUCCCGAUUGCCGAGGUUUAAUUCUUCAAUCUGAUUUUUUUUUUUCCUCCGGAUUAAUUUUUCAUUUUGUGAUCCCCAUGAACGCUGUCCUUGUCUUUCUGUAAUUGGAAUCGGAAAAAAAGGUGGAAAAAUAGGAAAAGAGAAGGAUUAUUUGGAGCCGCUUGGCAUCAAUAAUUGAAAAACGGAGGCGUGUCUUUGCAAGGCGUGGAGGAAAUUGCACGUCUUUCCGUGGCUUUUUUUUUGCCUCGCUUUUUCUGGUGGGCUCCUGGCUCUCGGGUAUUUAUGGGCCUUUUCGUGUUCCUUUUUAGCUGAUUUUUGAGACCUUGUUGGGUGUUUUUUUCUCUGGAUUUUAAUUUAGAACAAAUGAAAGUGAACAAAAAUAUCUUGUAGGUCCUUUUUCGAUCUUGUCAUUUUAUCUCAAGGUUUCAUUUCGGUUAAAAAGCAAAAAAAUUCCACUGGGAAAUUAAUGAAAAAAAUAAUUUUUUUCCUGUUUUUAGUCAAAAUGUAUCCGACUAGGCGUGGACAAGUUUUAAGCGAAAAAUCUGUACUUUCCAAAUUUUUGACGUUUCAAAUGUAUUCCAGGACAUAUUAAUUUUAAAAGUACUGGUUUUUGUGUUGAAAUGAACUAUUUGCAAAAAUACUUGACAAUUUCUGGUUUCAACUCGUCACUUUCUCAGCCCGGGUACAAGAACUACGUGACUAUGGGAAAGAAUAUUGUAGCUUCUGUUCAGCAAAUAUUGCUACUCUUUCAAGUAGCAAACUUUUAGGAAGAAGAUUCUAGAGUUUUCUAUUUCUUAAGAAGCCAGAUUAUUAAAAUUUAAUAGAAAUUGAUGUUGAAGUUUUCGAAGAAUGGAGUUUUCUGAAGAUUUUCGACUUGACAGAUCUCACGUAGAUAUUUUACGACCUAUAUUUAAGAAAGGGCGAAAAAGAAGAUACAAUCUCUUGGUCUUGGGAUUAAUUUUGGAUCCAGUUUUAUAAUCGAAAUGUCUAGUUAGAGAAUGAAUUUUACAAGUUCAAGUAAGAUUCAGACUUAUUUUGAUGAUUUCGGUCUUUUUGAGAAAUAAUGUUUUACAGAUCUUACGAAAUUUUGACCUUUGGCGCGAAAAAACGAUGACUUAUAGUUGGAAAAUAAUCCAAAAACGUUUUUAAAUUUUUAUUUUAUUUUUUUCUCCUCGUUUUUCUAGAUUUGCAGUUAAGUUUUUUUGUUCAAUUUUUGUUUAAAAAGAAAACAGCGUUUCUUGAUUUUUGAAAAAUAAGUUCAAAUGAGGAAUUUCAAAGCAAAUAUUUAUGGAGUUCUUUCAGAAAAACUACACAAAAAUCGGGUAAAAAGAAAGAUUUUUGGUCAUUUCGAACUUUAUAAAGCCCUCUUUCAUGCAAAUUUACCUCAAAAAUCCUUUCCAGGCCUCUUAUUUGACCUCGAGAUCUUAUCAGAAUUGAUAUCUUGUACCUAUCUUCCAUAAAAUCAACACAAGUGUUUCAUAAAUCAAAAUGGAUGAUUUUUGUUAGGCAAUACCACGGCGCAUGACGCAAUCACCACAUAGGUAAACACGUGGAGGUGAAGGUUAACCUUUCAGAAACAAUUACUCGUAGUCUAGUUCAGUUUCUUCACUUUUCAUUCAUUUUCAAUCAAAAACUACGAUUUUUUAUGUCCUUUUGAUAGGAAAAAUUGCUUAAUGUUUCCCUUGAAAUCGCGCAGAAGAUGACUUUUUUUUAAAUACGAUUUCUUACCGUCCAGGCUCGCAUUUUGGUUGCAUUCAUUAGCCGUUUAUAUGUUAAAAUGUCAAAUUUGAUAGACUUCCAUUUUUUUCGCGUUGAGAAAGACGUCUUUAAAGUGCGACUUUUAAUGUUUAAUUACAUUAAACUGAGAAAAAUAUAUAAAUAACAUAGUAGUUUUUUUCUUUCAUUUUUUUACCUAUUUAUAAGAGGCAAACCUUCCAAAAACCGUUAUUUAAAGUUUAAAAAUAAAAAGUUAAAAAAAAUGAAUAUUGUUUUUUUCGGUACCCAUUUGUGAGGUGAAAAUGUGAAAAAAAUGCCGCUUUUUGAUUUAUAGAAUUUUUCGAAGCUAUAGGAAAUUUAUUGAAAAACGUUCACAUGACAUUAUUUAACAUGAAGAAAAAACCUCAGUAGAUUUUUAACUGUAAAAUGCGGUUCAUAAAUCUCCUGAAGGCAUUGAAAGUAAUCUAUUUUUUGGUGGACCUUUAUAUAAAACGGCUUUUUUCUCUUUCUAAUUCACGAAGCUUUCCCCUCCUAUACUCCAUGGAAAAACUUUUUUUCUUCUCUUUCAAAACGCUUUUAGUUGGUUUUUAACUUCAAAAUUCACUCCUUCAACGUCUUGGAGGCAUAAUAAUAAGCAAAUGAUCUAUCUUUAUUUGGUUUGUACCCAUUUGAAAGUUGAACCUUCAUAUAAUGCGGCUUCUAUUCCCAUUUCAAUAGAAGUUUAGUUGAAAAUUCCGGUUUGUUUUUCAGCCGACGACGCUUCUGA